AUGGCCAUUGCGAGAUCCACCUCUGCCGCCCCGAAAGGCAACGCUUUCGUUGGAACCGAAGGGAUUUAUAACCUCCCGCACCAUAAACGGGAGAUCGACCGUCUCCAACGGCAGCACAACUUCAUUCUGUCAUCCACAGGAGGCCUUCUCCUGAGCAUGCCUGUGGAGACCAAUGCUACACUGAGGAUUCUGGACGCUGGUGCAGCGGACGGUAAGUGGAAAGGAGGGAGCCCUUCUAGCGUCAGGAUAAUUCCGUUGACUCAUGAUGCUGGAGUAGGAACCUGGCUUCGUUCUCUAGCACAGCACUAUCCCAACCAGAAAUGGUCCCUUCAUGGCAUCGACAUUGGCUCCGCGCUUUUCCCGCCCCCAUCUGCAGACGGUCCGAUUGUGGAUCUUCAGAAGCAUGAUAUCCGGGAGCCAAUUCCAAAGCAUCUGCACCUACCAGAAAGCUUCGACAUCGUUCAUCAACGUUAUCUUAUAUGGGGCCUGAAAAGCUCGGAAUGGCCACAGGCCGUGGGAAACUUGCGUUCAGUGUUGAAGCCUGGAGGCUGGAUUCAGCUCGUGGAAGCCCAAUGGGUAGAUCGUGACACACCAUUUGAUCCUGUUAAGUUCCCUACCCUUGCCAAGAUGACGGAGUUCCAAAGGUGGAGCACUGCUGCUUUCGGGAUGAAUGCUUAUAUUGCUUAUGAACUGGAGGAUUUGCUCAGUGACCUGGGGUUUAGGAACAUUAAGAAAACAUCGUUCGCUUUGGGGUAUGGUGCCAUGGCUAGAGAGGAGCAGUGGAAAGUGACCUCUGCUCAUAUAUUGGUGGAAGGAUUCCGCAGCCUCGGGCAUAAAAUGCCCCCUGGCGGUAUCCCUGGGGUGGCAAGAACCCCGGCUGAGUACGAUGCUUUCUUGGACGAGUUGCGGGACGACGUGAUAAAGCAUGGAUAUGCGCCGCAGCUGAAUAUUGUCAUUGGGCAGAAGCCCUCGGAACGGGCUUUAGCCUCACUCUGA